CACACGCGCGCGCAUCAUUAACGGCACGAGUCGCGUUCGCACAAGUUUUGGGUGUUCCAGUCGAUGUAAGUAACGAUAUGGCUUUAGUAAGGAUUUUUUGUCUCGCACUUAUUCUAACAACACAAAUCACGGGACUGCAGGGGACACGGCUUCCUCGAAAGGUUCUGUCUUUCCCGAUUGCAAACGCAGCCUUCACGACACUCGUUGAAAACAAAACUGCCCCACAAGGACAGAGGUGGAAUUUUUACGCAUCAGCUUUUAGUGCGAUUCCCUUCUCCAAAGACUACGUGUACGUGGUUAGGGGGAUAGAGCGUUAUCUUCUGAAGAACUCUACAAACGUGAAACCUGACGUGGUGACACAUGACACGGUCUGGCCUAACGAAAUUAGUGGCGUUCCAGCCGAAGUUUUUGGAAAACCGACCCUAGCGGUUCCAGAUGGAUUCUUGUUGCCAACUAAGACAGCGGGAGACAUCGGCAUAUAUGACAUCAACGUAAACCCACCAAGAGGUCCAUUCAGAAUUUCCCAUGAUGACAACGACAAACAGAACUGGUUCUAUCACCGGGUCAUUUGGAAGGAUAUGAAUGGAGAUGGGCGUUUGGACGCAGUCGCGGCCAGAGCAGAGAAGCCUUUCUUUGGCAAUGCAAAGGGAGAACUCUUGUGGUUCGAGCACCCGUCCGGAGACCCGUUCACUUCACAAUGGAAACCCCACCUGUUAUUGAAUGGCCCUGACACCUUCAUCAUCAACGCCACGAUGAAGGUCGGGAAUGGCGUGUAUGACACCAUCAUAGCUCCGCAGUUCUUCUCCCAGGCUCUGGUCGUGUAUUGGUCUGUAGCUCCUUUGAUGCUUUGGACCGACCCAUCCAAGAUUCGAAGCGUGAUAAUCGACGACAAGGUUGGGCCAGCUUUUGACGCAAGAGUAGUGGACCUCAAUGCUGACCAGAAGCCAGACCUGCUGGUGACCAGUAACCAAGCCCAAAAUGGCGCAGUUUUUGCCUAUCAGCUUGAUUACAAUUUGCCGUUAGAAAACACUACUUUUGUAAAGCACGUGUUAGCAGACGGGUUCACCCCCAGGCAGUCCGGCCAGGGGAAGGGUUCACCAGGUGCAGCGAAGCCGUUCUACCCCUCACUGAAAAACGCCACAGGGAAGCCACAUAUCCUAGUCUGCGGAGAUGACGAUGGGAGGGCCUAUCUUCUUAUACCACAGAGUGCCGACCCAAGCAACUGGAAGUAUUCGAAAGAGGUUUUCUUUGAUGGCGGGAAGGAAACAGUAGGAGAAAUAGCCAUAGAGGAUGUCGACGGGGACGGUUUUGUUGAAGUUUUUGUGCCGCUGUAUUACAAGGGAGAAGUAAUUGUGUUUUCCUUUGGUCCUUAGCGUUCGUAUUUUUAUUAAAAUGUGGCGAUGCGUUGUUUUGUUUCUUUGAAGUAUUUGGAGGUCGUGCUUGCACACUUUUUCAACGCUAGCUGGCAUUGUUUUCAAUCCAAGUACUUCCUUAGCAACAGAAAGAGACUAACAAUUGUUUUGGUAUGCUAUCAUAUAAUAUUGUCAUAAAUAAAGAUGUGAAGAAAAGAGAAAUAAAUGCACACCCUUUAUGUGUUUUAUUAGGGACGACGAAUACUACUUUUAAAGCUAAAGUACUACACGAUGUUUAUUGCAAAUGAGUUUAUUAGGUAGCCUACACGUUUUAUAAAAUAAUAUACACCGUUUUGUGUGGAAAAAAGACAAUGAAGACAAUAACAGUAAUUUUUUCCGUCAAAGACAUGGAGCAUAAAACUCUCUUUCUUAAUCAAAAAUAUGCGGAAGCUACUUCGUAGCGAUCUGAGCUUGGAGCACUCCAAAAGGCUGAAUACAACUCAGUCUGAAUAACCAGUCACAUUCUGGUUGACACGGGGAUAGUUUUUUUUUUAAGACCAGGUCAUUGAUCUGGAUGGUCAAAAUAUGUUCACUGUGGACAGUUAGUCCUUGC